UGACUAUCUUAACGCGUACGGGACGGUCGAUAAAUUUAGUUAAAGUCUCUUUCUUCUUCUUUACUUUUUCUUCUUCUUUUAGAUCAAAGAAAUCGUUUUGUGCAGAUUUGAUCUUGCGUUAAUUUUCUAAGCAAAAUAUGGCGGGAGAAGAUAGCCGUGAAGCUCAACGAGGCGACGAAUAUGAGGAAUCGAGUCCUCUCUUGAAGGUGAACGAGAAUGACGGCAAGAUCUGCUCGAAAAGAGAUGCCAAGGCGGCGCCUCUUGUGCCUCCUCCCGCGGCGGAGGAAUACGGCUGGACGGCGGAUGGAUUGCCUGUGAGCCAUGGUAGCGUGAUUGGCGAGCCGAUCAGGAGAAACCAGUGGAAUUCUGGUCUUUUUACCUGUCUUGGUCGCAAUGAUGAAUUUUGCAGCAGCGAUCUCGAAGUUUGUCUUCUUGGAAGUGUGGCUCCUUGUGUGUUGUAUGGAACUAAUGCAGAGAGACUUGGGUCUGCUCCGGGAACAUUUUCAAACCAUUGCUUGACGUAUUUGGGAUUGUACUUUGUUGGUAAUUCUUUGUUUGGCUGGAACUGUCUUGCUCCAUGGUUCUCUUAUUCUAGCCGUUCUGCUAUUCGCCGAAAGUUUAACCUUGAGGGAAGCUUUGAGGCUAUGAACAGGUCUUGUGGUUGCUGCGGUGGCUGCAUAGAGGACGAGAUGCAAAGGGAACACUUGGAGACGACUUGUGACUUUGUGACACAUGUCCUUUGCCAUACAUGUGCCCUUUGCCAAGAAGGGCGUGAGCUCCGCAGGAAGGUUCUUCACCCAGGUUUCAAUGCUCAGUCCACCGUUGUUGUGAUGCCACCCAUAGAACAAACCAUGGGUCGUAAGUGAAGCUUACAUAGAGUCGAGUGGUCUAAAGAGCACUUGUAAUAUUGAGUCGACUGAAGCUUACACACGUUGUGAAAACAAGUGUUUCUGUGGAACUUGAAUCAUGAUCCUUGUCUUUUGCUUACUUUUUGAAUAAGGCCUUCUCUGGAUGUAAUUUGUCGUGUGUCUUUCUUUUGCUAUCGAAAAACAAACAUAUGUAUAUCUUUAUUGCUUACGCAUUUCUUUUGACAUUGUCUGAAAUGUUCAUUUGUUUCACAAUUCGCAAAGCCUAACAUUGACGUAAGAGUUUUGGGGAAACCCUUUGGAUCCG